AUGCCUCUUACAUUGCACCUUCCAAUUGUAAUUCAUCAAAGACAUGGAUUUGAUCUAGAAAGAAGUGAUGGGGGGAUCGUUGCACUCAAAGAUGAGAGAUGGGCCUCAGCAUCUUCAGACUUGCAUGGGAGUUUGCAGAAGGUGAUAGAAGAAAUGGACUUGAUUGAGAAAGAAGUGGUUGCACUCAAAGAUGAGCAAGUCUCCUCAUCGUCUGCUGGCUCCGUAACAUUUUCUAAGGAAUCAUCUCUUCCUAGGCUGAACAACUCAACCAUGGUGGGCUUUGAUGAUGUGAUGCUUCGACUCAUGGAGAAGCACGGUCGCCAAGUCAUCCCAAUCGUAGGGAUGGGAGGAAUUGCCAAUAAACAAAGGUUGAGUGAAAUGAGUGAAGAUGAAAUAAGACUAUCACUCCACAAAUGUUUAUCACAUAGAAGGUAUGUAAUUGUGUUGGAUGAUAUGUGGAGUAUUGAGGCAUGGGAGAAGCUACAACGCUAUUUUCCUGAUAACAGUAAUGGUAGUCGGAUAAUGGUGACAACUAGGCUAUCGAAUUUGGGAUCUCAAUUGAAUAACAAUUAUAGCCUUAAAAUGAAGUUUAUGAAUGUGGAAAGUAGCUGGAUUACGUUCUGCAAAACUGUGUUUAUAUAA